AUGACCAAGACUGUUGAUGAAGCUAAGGUUCUUAUUGAGAAUCUUGCAGCUAGUGAUUGUAACAACUGUCCUGAUUAUGACCGCUCAAGCCGCACCACUACUAGCUCCCCUGAUUCUUUUCAAAUGACUGAACUCAAGAACAUGAUGGCUCAAGUUCUUAAGGGACAGCUCAAGCAUAUCAAUGCAAUAGAAGGGAUGAGUGAUGCUAAUGAAGAUUCAUCAAGAGAAUGCAUGGGAGACUUCUCUAAUGAAGCCAAUGAAGAAGAUGUGAACUACAUUGGAAACUAUGGGAACAAGGGAUACAAUCCAAGCUAUCGCCCAAACCCCAACAUGUCUUAUAGAAACCCCAAUGUGGAGAAUCCUCAAGACCAAGUGUAUCCUCCAAGGUAUCCACAACAACAAAGACCUCCUUACCAAUCUCAAGGAAGUCAAUUUCAGCCAAGGCAAGGAUAUGAGCAGAGAUCAUCAUAUCCGCCCAAGGAGCCAUAUGCUUCUUCACCAAAUCAAGCUCCUCCAAACCAACAAGGUGGGAGAUUUGAAGGAAUCCUCCAACAGAUCAUGGAUGGCCAGAAGAGAAACAUAAAGAGAUGUAUGAGAAGAUGGACACUUUGUUCAGCAAUCUCAACACCAAGUAUGAUGCUGUUGCCACUCAUGUGA